AUGUUACUGAGAUGUGGACCACCCUAUAGACGGUGUGGCCUUACCCAGGGACCGCGCUAUAGGCGGUGUGGCCUUACCCAGGGACCACCCUAUAGACGGAGUGGCCUUACCCAGGGACCACCCUAUAGACGGUGCGGCCUUACCCAGGGACCACCCUAUAGACGGUGUGGCCUUGCCCAGGGACCACGCCACAGACGGUGUGGCCUUACCCAGGGACCCCCCUAUAGACGGUGUGGCCUUACCCAGGGACCAUCCCACAGACGGUGUGGCCUUACCCAGGGACCACCCUAUAGACGGAGUGGCCUUACCCAGGGACCACCCUAUAGACGGUGUGGCCUUGUGGCCUUACCCAGGGACCACCCUACAGACGGUGUGGCCUUACCCAGGAACCAUACCACAGACGGUGUGGCCUUACCCAGGGACCACCCUAUAGGCGGUGUGGCCUUACCCAGGGACCACCCUAUAGACGGUGCGGCCUUACCCAGGGACCACCCUAUAGACGGUGUGGCCUUGCCCAGGGACCACCCUAUAGACGGUGUGGCCUUACCUAGGGACCACCCUAUAGACGGUGUGGCCUUACCCAGUAACCAUACCACAGACGGUGUGGCCUUACCCAGGGACCACCCUACAGACGGUGUGGCCUUACCCAGGAACCAUACCACAGACGAUGCGGCCUUACCCAGGGACCACCCUAUAGACGGUGUGGCCUUGCCCAGGGACCACGCCACAGACGGUGUGGCCUUACCCAGGGACCCCCCUAUAGACGGUGUGGCCUUACCCAGGGACCAUACCACAGACGGUGUGGCCUUACCCAGGGACCACCCUACAGACGGUGUGGCCUUACCCAGGGACCACCCUAUAGACGGUGUGGCCUUACCCAGGGACCACCCUAUAGACGGUGUGGUCUUAACCAGGAACCACCCUUAA